CUAUCAGGUGCAGACCGCUGACAGGUUUCCACCCACCGCCAGCAAAAAGCCCCCGCCGCAGCGCGAGCGCAAAAAAAGCCUCCGCGCCACGCGCACCGCUCACACGCAGCAAUCUCUCUCGCACGCGGAUCCGCCACCUCCUGGAUAACAGAGCAGUGCAGUCUCUUGUCUUCACUUUUUUUGUCUUUUUUUUAUCAUUAUUUGUAUUUUUUCUCGCGGUUACGGACUGGAGCGGUGGGGUCACGAUCAUACACUCAGAGAAACACGCGCACGCGGAGAGUUUAGGAUGAGUCGCGCGAGUCGCGAGCGGAAUGUAACUGGUGGUCGGUGCUGGAGCAGCGCGUGAGGAGCAGCAGGAGGAAGAUCUGAAGGAAGGAGUUUUUCUUUCUGAUGCUGGGUUUGUUGAUUUUUGUGCGCGCGGAAGGAAGAGACGACGACCCCGGUCAAGGCGCGCACGUAGUGUGAAGUGAAUCUUUCCGCACUUGGGAGACAGACAGAGAGAGAGAGAGUCAGAGAGAGAGAGACUGACUGAGUGAUAUCAAGAAGGAGACAGAAAGAAAGAGAGAGAAAAAGGUGCGCAGGGUUCUGUGGAAAAAAGAGAGCACUGUCCAUUAUUCUGUCCAUUUUCACCCAGCCUGAUGGUGCGCGCAGAGGCUCGCGCGCACUCCCUCUGUCUCUCUGAGCGGGACCGCAGCUCUGCGCCGGGAUUCGCUGGCUGAGGUGGCGGGGGGCUCCGCCGCGCGUGCUUUACUGGGACGGCCGACCGGUGGAAACAGGUGGAUCUGACCAAGAUGUCCGGACUGCCCUCGCGGUUCCUCUACGUGUGUUUAAAUUUUCUGGUCCUCUACUUCCAGCUACAGGAGGCUCACCAGAGUUCCGCAGACUUCCGGUUCUACAUCGAGAACCACACUCGGGACGACGUGAGUCGGAAGCAGGUGCGGAUAUACCAGCUGUACAGCCGGACCACGGGGAAGCAUGUGCAGAUCCUCGGCAAGAAGAUCAACGCCAAUGGAGACGAUGGGGGCAAGUACGCUCUCCUCGUGGUGGAGACGGAGUCAUUCGGCAGUCAGGUUCGAAUUAAAGGAAAAGAGAGUGGCUACUACAUCUGCAUGAACAGAAACGGCAAAAUUGUUGGCAAGCCCAACGGGAGUAACCCGGAGUGUGUGUUCGUGGAGGAGUUCUUGGAAAACAACUAUACGGCGUUAAUGUCUGCCAAGUACAAAGGCUGGUACCUGGGCUUCAACCGCAAGGGCCGGCCCAAGAAAGGAUCUCGGACCACACAGACGCAGCAGGAAGUACAUUUCAUGAAGAGAGACCCCAAGGGGAAGGUGGACCCUCAGGAGGAGUUCCGUUUCACCACCGUAACAAAACGGACACGUAGGGCGCGCCGAUUAAGGCCCAACCCAAAAACGAACUGAGGUGGACGGGACGGCAGACUGGGCAUGCACUGUUUUAUUAUUUAUUUUUUUUUUUCUCAUGGACAUCUUGAGCUUCUCGCCUUAAACUAGCGUUUAAAAGACUAAAGACUUUUAUUGCAACUGAAAAGCAGCAGCAGCAGUAAGGGGAGGAAACAACGAUGACUACAGGAGAGACUUUAAAAAAAAAAAGAGA